AAGAUGUCAUCUCCACAUACAGAAUCAACAUCUUCCAAACCUGGAAUGGAAACCCAGCUUGUGCUGUCAGUAAGCCCAGAAGAGGAUGAAGAAAACCCAGUGAAAAAUCCAUUUACAAUUCCUCCAGAUGUUGAUAUCUUCUCAAUAAGGGACAAGGAAAGAAAAAAGGCUAAGGCGGAACGUGAGAGGAUGAAGACCAUGAAAAUCCAUGAGAAAAUUACUUACUCCACUAAAAUAAAAGCAAGGCAAAAGGGGUUCAGGGAAGCUCUGCAAAAGGAGGAAGAAGAGGAGGGCAGAAAACAGGCAACAAAUGAAGAGAGACUGAAAACUCUUCAGGAGAGUCUUUCAUGGAAGAUAUCCAUUAAAGAAGAUUACCCAUUAGAAAAGCAGGCCUUCCGUGACUACAUAAAUGACAGAAGAGAGAUAUUUUUACUUGAGUAUGCCAUGGCAGUAAAGCGAGAUGAGAUUCAAAGGAUGGAGACCAUAGCAAAGAAUGAGGAAAGCAAGCUGGAAAAGGCUGAAUACUACCUGGAGCAGGAUUCUGCCAUGUUUGAUGAGUUCCUGAAGGAGAACCAUAAAAACUCUGUUCAAGCUCUGAAGAUUGCUGAAAAAGAAACUGCAGCAAAGACAAAGAAAAUAAGGGAGAUCCAGACAAUCACUUCCCAAAUAGAGAACCUCCAAAGUGAUAUAUCCAGAUUCAAGAAUACUCUGCAGGAGUACAAGAUGUACAGGGACUUCCUCUAUCAACUAUCUCCAAAAGAGUGGCAGGAGGAACACGGAAAAAAGCACACAAAGGAAAAGGAUAUGAAAACAGCAUCCAAAGCUAAGGAAGAAGGUGCCUCACCUCCCACCACAGAGCAGGGCCACAGUCUGACGGCCAGGACAAACACUGCCAGUCCCUAUAGUACCAGUUAUAUACAUGUGCCAGGUUCCCUGCUGUCUUCAAAAAGUUUGGAUUUCAGGUCGUUACAUGAGAUCAGGCCACAGCUCAAAAAAUUCCUGAAGCCUCUAUCAACAAGACAACUAAGUUCACUGGAGGAUGCAGAAAGUGAAAGCUGUUCGGACGAAGAUGAGGAGCCUGAGUUGUAUUUUACUGAUCCCCAACAACUGCUGUCUAUUUUCGCGGAGAUGGAGGAAGAGAACUUGUCCUUCAUCCAGAAUUCCCAGGAGACUGAGGAAUGUUUGGACAAAGUCCAACACACUUUCAUCACCACACAUGAAAGCAUGGAAAAGAAGUUAGCAGAGCUGAAACAGCAGAUACUCACCCUCAAAUCCUCCAUCGCCAAGGAAGAAGAGAAAGUAGCAGAUCUCAAACUUAAAGUUCACCUCUUUUCUUCUGAAGAAAACAAAGCUGAUGACCAGGACAAAAUGCUUAGAAGCCUGAACAAGAAGGUGCUGGAAGUCUAUUGCCACUGCACUGGAGAAAAUGAGACAAACCUGCAGACAGUGCAGAUGCUAAUGGUGAUAGAAAAACAGCUCAGUGAUUUACUGGACAACCUGGAGAGAAUCCCACCAGCAAAGAUAGAACAGGCUGAGAAAGCCAAAAAAAAGGAACAGAGGAUAAGACUCAGAGAGGAAAAGCUGAGACAGCAGAAGCAGCAGGAGGAAGAAAGAUUGCAAAGGACCCUGGAAAAAUCGCAGGCAACUAUAAAAAAGCCAAGUGGCAGCAGGCUGGUGUUCCGUUCCAACCCACCUGCCAGGAAGGAGAAGAGAAAGCAGAGCCAAGAACAAAGGGAUAAGGAGAAAGAAGAACAACUCUAUUAUUUCACUUGACAGCACAGCCUUAACCACAGUAUGUAGGGCUGAUACUGCUCCAGAAAGUUUUUCAUAGAUCUACAUUCUGUUAAGAUUAACAGAACUCUUUUUCCCUAAGAGGCCAGGGAAAGUUGCUGUGUCAGGCAGGCCCCUUUUCCCCCUUAUUAGUCUUUUGCCUAAGAAAAUACAUUAAAAUGCUCUCAUUCUCUUCUCA